UUCUAGCCCAGCUAGGGGUGGAGGAAGCCUGGGCUCUAAAAUUAGUCCAGCUUCCAGGCGGGGCGCCCAGAGCGUCCUGCUGCGGGCCGCCUCGUCUCCCUGGCCCCCUCCCGAGCCUCCCGUCUUCGCGUGGCGCUCAGAGAUCACUGGUCGUCCCCUAAGAGGACGCAGCUCUGCGGGGAGGGAGGAGGAGACAGCGAAGCUCGGGGCUUGGCAUUGCGGCGGCCGCUGCGAUGGGGAACCCGAAGCAGCUUCUCCACUAACUGUAGCGGUGCAGGCUGCGGAGAGCAGACGCGAGAACCGCUCUUCCCGGCAGGCUGCGCUGUGAUCUGGGCUGAGCAUUGGGACCUCUCUCCUGGUCCCCCUCCUCCCUCCACCAUCCUCCUCCGACUCCCCUCCUCCGCCCGCCAACCCGCAGCGGUGGCGGCGUCCUGAGCGCCAAGCGCCGAGCACCUCCGCUCGCCUCACCAGCCUCAGCCGGGAGCACGCGGCGAGCACUGCGGCGGAGGCGGCGGGGUGGCCAGCUCACCCUAGGCCGGAGAGGAAGACCACAGAGGACGCGUCUGGUGCAGGGGAGCAUCGCCGGCAGAGGCAAGGGAUGGACAUGUGAUGUGAUGGGUGUGACUAUGGGACACUGUGUGGGCACAAGGCCGCUUUCCUGCCUCCUCCUGCUGCUCCUGAAGCUGUUGGCCACUGUCUCCCAGGGGCUGCCAGGAACAGGGCCCCUGGGGUUCCACUUUACACAAUCCAUCUAUAAUGCUACAGUGUAUGAAAACUCAGCAGCGAGGACCUAUGUCAGCAGCCAGAAUAGAAUGGGCAUCACCUUAAUAGACCUGUCCUGGGACAUCAAGUACAGAAUAGUGUCUGGUGACGAGGAAGGUUUUUUCAAAGCUGAAGAGGUCAUCAUUGCAGAUUUCUGCUUUCUCAGGAUCAGAACUAAAGGUGGCAAUUCUGCCAUAUUGAACAGGGAAAUCCAAGACAAUUAUUUAUUAAUCAUAAAAGGUUCUGUCAGAGGAGAAGACUUGGAAGCAUGGACCAAAGUGAACAUCCAGGUUUUAGAUAUGAAUGACUUGAGGCCUCUGUUUUCACCUACCACUUACUCGGUCACUAUUGCAGAGAGCACACCACUUAGGACUAGUGUUGCCCAGGUGACAGCUACAGAUGCAGACAUCGGUUCCAAUGGAGAAUUCUACUACUACUUUAAAAACAAGGUUGAUCUUUUUUCAGUCCACCCCACAAGUGGUGUCAUCUCCUUAAGUGGCCGAUUAAAUUACGAUGAGAAGAACAGGUAUGAUCUGGAGAUCUUAGCAGUGGACCGGGGAAUGAAACUCUAUGGCAACAAUGGCGUAAGCAGUACUGCUAAGCUUUAUGUUCACAUUGAACGCAUAAAUGAACAUGCUCCAAUUAUCCAUGUGGUCACUCACAUCCCUUUCUCAUUGGACAAGGAGCCAACAUAUGCAGUAGUGACAGUUGAUGACCUGGAUGAGGGGGCUAAUGGAGAGAUUGAAUCUGUUUCCAUCGUGGCUGGAGAUCCUUUGGAUCAGUUCUUCCUGGUCAAAGGAGGAAAGUGGAUGAAUGAGUAUAAAGUCAAGGAGAGAAGGAAGGUAGACUGGGAAAGCUUCUCCUAUGGCUACAACCUCACUCUUCAAGCAAAAGAUAAAGGGUCACCUCAGAAGUUUUCAGAACUAAAGACAGUCCACAUUGCCAACCCCAAGAGAGACAGGACCCCAGUCAGGUUUGAAAAAGAUUUGUAUGAAGUCAGCAUAAGUGAGUUUUCCCCUCCUGGUGUCUUGGUGGCCAUAGUCAAGGUGAAUCCUGAGCCUUUGGAUGUGGAAUACAAACUAUCUCCUGGGAAGGAUGCAGAGUACUUCAAAAUUAACCCUCGGUCCGGCCUGAUUGUCACAGCACAGCCCCUGAAUAUAGUGAAGAAGGAUGUUUAUAAGCUGGAGGUGACAGACAAGGAAGGAGAUGUAAAGGCACAAGUCACUAUUGGGAUUGAGGAUGCUAAUGACCACACCCCAGAAUUCCAGCAGACACUGUAUGAGACUUUUGUGAAUGAGAGUAUUCCUGUUGGAACAAAUGUUCUGACAGUGUCUGCCUCUGAUAAGGAUAAAGGAGAAAAUGGCUACAUCACUUACAGCAUUGCCAGCCUGAACCUUUUACCAUUCGCCAUUAACCAGUUCACGGGUGUGAUCAGCACAACUGAAGAGUUAGAUUUUGAAUCCUCCCCAGAGACCUACAGGUUCAUCGUGAGAGCAUCUGACUGGGGCUCCCCAUACCGCCAUGAAAGUGAGGUGAAUGUGACCAUUCGGGUGGGAAAUGUCAAUGACAACAUCCCUCUCUUUGAAAAAGUGGCUUGCCAGGGAGUCAUUUCAUAUGACUUUCCUGUUGGGGGCCACAUCACAGCUGUCUCUGCGAUAGAUAUUGAUGAACUUGAACUUGUAAAGUACAAAAUCAUUUCUGGAAAUGAACUUGGGUUCUUUUAUUUAAACCCAGACUCUGGUGUUUUACAACUUAAAAAGCCACUGAUGAAUUCUGGCAUUAAAAAUGGUAAUUUUGCCCUCAGAAUCACAGCUACAGAUGGGGAGAAUUUUGCAGACCCCAUGACCAUUAACAUCUCAGUCCUCCAUGGGAAAGUGUCUUCAAAGAGCUUCAGUUGCAGAGAAACUCGUGUGGCUCAGAAACUGGCAGAGAAACUACUCAUUAAAGCAAAAGCUAAUGGGAAACUGCAUCUAGAAGAUGGGUUUCUUGACUUUUAUUCAAUUAAUAGGCAGGGACCACAUUUUGACAAGUCUUUUCCCUCUGAUGUGGCUGUGAAGGAGGAUAUGCCAGUUGGAACUAACAUUCUGAAGAUUAAAGCAUAUGAUGCUGACUCUGGCUUCAAUGGCAAGGUGCUGUUUACAAUAUCAGAUGGAAAUACAGACAGUUGCUUCAAUAUUGAUAUGGAAACUGGGCAACUGAAAGUCCUCAUGCCCAUGGACCGAGAACAUACAGACCUCUAUCUCCUCAACAUAACCAUCUAUGACCUUGGAAAGCCACAGAAAUCAUCGUGGCGAUUGCUGACUGUCAAUGUGGAGGAUGCGAAUGACAACAGCCCAGUGUUCCUUCAGGACAGCUACUCGGUUAGCAUUCUUGAAAGUUCAAGUAUCGGCACCGAGAUUAUCCAAGUGGAAGCGAGAGACAAAGACCUUGGCUCUAAUGGUGAGGUAAUGUACUCGGUUUUGACAGACACACAGCAGUUCACCAUCAAUAGCUCAACUGGAAUUGUUUCUGUAGCUGAUCAACUGGACAGGGAAUCCAAAGCCAACUAUUCUUUGAAAAUAGAAGCCAGGGACAAAGCAGAAAGUGGCCAGCAGCUGUUUUCUGUUGUCACCCUGAAGAUCUUUCUGGAUGACGUCAAUGACUGCUCCCCAGCUUUCAUCCCAACUAGCUACAGUGUGAAGGUUCUUGAAGAUCUCCCUGUUGGUACAGUCAUUGCUUGGCUUGAGACUCAGGAUCCUGACCUUGGAUUAGGGGGUCAAGUCCGUUACUCUUUGGUUAAUGAUUAUAAUGGGAGGUUUGAAAUAGACAAAGCAAGUGGAGCCAUCCGCUUGAGCAAAGAGCUAGACUACGAGAAGCAGCAAUUCUACAACCUCACAGUCAGGGCCAAAGACAAAGGGCGGCCUGUCUCUCUGUCAUCUGUUUCUUUCGUUGAGGUGGAGGUGGUAGAUGUCAAUGAAAACCUCCAUAUGCCCUAUUUCCCAGACUUUGCUAUUGUUGGAUCUGUAAAAGAAAACUCACGGAUUGGGACAAGUGUGCUGCAGGUGACUGCCCAUGAUGAGGAUUCUGGUAGGGAUGGAGAAAUCCAGUACUCCAUAAGAGAUGGCAGUGGUCUUGGGAGAUUCAGCAUCGAUGAUGAGAGUGGAGUCAUCACUGCUGCUGACAUUCUUGAUCGAGAGACAACAGGGUCAUACUGGCUGACAGUGUAUGCCACAGACAGGGGUGUGGUCCCUUUGUACUCCACCAUUGAGGUCUACAUAGAAGUUGAAGAUGUGAAUGACAAUGCUCCCCUGACCUCGGAACCCAUCUAUUAUCCUGUUGUCAUGGAAAACUCUCCCAAGGAUGUGUCUGUCAUUCAGAUACAAGCCGAAGACCCUGACUCUGGUUCCAAUGAAAGACUGACCUAUAGGAUUACAAGUGGAAACCCACAGAACUUUUUUGCCAUAAAUAUCAAAACAGGUCUGAUUACCACGACUUCAAGGAAAUUGGAUCGAGAGCAGCAGGCGGAACAUUUUCUGGAGGUGACAGUGACAGAUGGUGGUUCUUCUCCAAAACAGUCUACCAUUUGGGUGGUAGUUCAGGUUCUGGAUGAAAAUGACAACAAACCCCAGUUCCCUGAGAAGGUCUACCAGAUCAAGCUUCCAGAACGUGACCGCAAGAAGAGGGGAGAGCCUAUUUACAGGGCUUUUGCGUUUGACCGAGAUGAAGGCCCUAAUGCAGAAAUAUCCUACAGUAUUGUGGAUGGAAAUGAUGACGGAAAGUUCUUUAUUGACCCAAAAACUGGCAUGGUUUCUUCCAGAAAGCAAUUCACAGCAGGAAGUUAUGACAUCCUGACGAUCAAAGCUGUGGACAACGGCCGACCACAGAAGUCCUCCACAGCCCGCCUCCAUAUUGAAUGGAUUAAGAAGCCCCCACCUUCACCUAUACCAUUGACGUUCGAUGAACCGUUUUACAACUUCACAGUCAUGGAAAGUGACAAAGUCACAGAGAUCGUAGGGGUGGUGUCUGUGCAGCCAGCUAACACCCCUCUGUGGUUUGACAUUGUUGGUGGCAAGCAUGCUCGAGAGAUGUUCUAUAUUCUACAGACAGCUUGUGGGCAGAACUGUUCAACAGAAGGGGGGAAUUUUGACAGCUCUUUUGAUGCAGAGAAGGGUGUUGGGACAAUUGUCAUUGCCAAACCUUUGGAUGCAGAGCAAAGGUCGGUCUACAACAUGAGCGUGGAAGUCACCGAUGGAACAAAUGUUGCUGUCACUCAGGUAUUUAUCAAAGUGCUGGAUAAUAAUGAUAAUGGCCCAGAAUUCUCCCAGCCACAUUAUGACGUGACAAUUUCUGAAGAUGUGCUUCCUGAUACAGAGAUACUGCAGAUUGAGGCCACAGACAGAGAUGAGAAGCAUAAGCUGAGCUACACCAUCCACAGUAGCAUUGAUGCCAUCAGUAUGAGGAAGUUCCGGAUAGACCCCAGCACAGGUGUGCUCUACACUGCUGAAAGGCUGGAUCAUGAGGCCCAGGACAAGCACAUCCUCAACAUAAUGGUCAGAGAUCAGGAAUUUCCUUACCGAAGAAACUUGGCCCGAGUCAUUGUGAACGUGGAGGAUGCUAACGAUCACAGCCCUUACUUUACCAAUCCACUGUAUGAAGCAUCGGUGUUCGAAUCAGCUGCUCUGGGAUCAGUUGUUCUGCAAGUGACAGCUCUGGACAAAGACAAAGGGGAAAAUGCAGAGCUCAUAUAUUCCAUAGAAGCAGGGAACACGGGGAACACAUUCAAGAUUGAACCAGUCCUGGGCCUCAUCACCAUCUCCAAAGAGCCAGACAUGACAGCCAUGGGUCAGUUUGUCCUGUCAGUUAAAGUCACAGAUCAAGGCUCUCCACCAAUGUCUGCCACUGCAAUUGUGCGCAUCUCCAUCAGCAUGUCUGAUAACUCCCAUCCCAAGUUCACUCACAAAGACUAUCAAGCCGAAGUAAAUGAAAAUGUUGAUAUUGGAACGUCUGUCAUCCUGAUCUCAGCCAUCAGCCAGUCAACCCUCAUUUAUGAAGUCAAAGAUGGAAACAUCAAUGGAGUCUUUACCAUAAAUCCAUAUUCUGGAGUCAUCACAACUCGGAGAGCUCUGGAUUAUGAGCAGACCUCUGCCUAUCAACUCAUCAUUCAGGCCACUAACAUGGCAGGCAUGGCUUCCAAUGCCACUGUCAGCAUUCAGAUUGUGGAUGAAAAUGAUAACCCUCCAGUAUUCCUCUUCUCUCAAUACUCAGGCAGCCUGAGUGAGGCUGCCCCCAUCAACAGCAUUGUCAGGAGCCUAGACAGCAGCCCAUUGGUGAUCCGAGCCACCGAUGCUGACAGUAACCAAAAUGCAUUACUGGUGUAUCAGAUUGUGGAGUCCACAGCCAAGAAGUUCUUCACAGUGGACUCAAGCACAGGGGCUAUCAGAACAAUUGCCAACCUGGACCAUGAAGCCAUUGCACAUUUCCAUUUCCAUGUGCACGUGAGAGACAGCGGGAGCCCCCAGCUGACUGCGGAGAGCCCUGUUGAAGUCAAAAUUGAGGUGACAGAUGUGAAUGACAACCCACCUGUGUUCACUCAGGCCGUGUUUGAGACAGUCUUACUUCUCCCCACCUAUGUUGGUGUGGAGGUUCUGAAGGUGAGUGCCACAGACCCUGACUCUGAGGUACCCCCUGAACUGACAUAUAGCCUCAUGGAAGGGAGUGUGGAUCAUUUUCUAAUGGACCCAAAUAGUGGAGUGCUCACCAUAAAAAACAAUAAUCUCUCCAAAGAUCAUUACAUGCUGAUAGUCAAAGUAUCUGAUGGGAAGUUCUACAGUACUGCCAUGGUCACCAUCAUGGUUAAAGAAGCCAUGGACAGUGGCCUCCACUUCACACAAAGCUUUUAUUCCACCUCCAUCUCAGAGAACAGCACAAAUAUAACCAAAGUUGCUAUUGUCAAUGCAGUUGGAAACCGCCUUAAUGAGCCCUUGAAAUACAGCAUCUUAAACCCAGGAAAUAAAUUCCAGAUAAAAUCUACCUCAGGAGUCAUACAGACCACAGGAGUACCCUUUGACCGCGAAGAACAGGAGUUAUAUGAGUUGGUAGUAGAAGCCAGUCGUGAGCUGGACCAUUUGCGUGUGGCAAGGGUGGUAGUCAGGGUUAACAUUGAAGAUGUAAAUGACAACUCUCCUGUCUUUGUGGGCCUCCCUUACUAUGCUGCUGUGCAAGUUGAUGCUGAGCCAGGGACUCUGAUAUACCAGGUGACAGCCAUAGACAAAGAUAAAGGUGCCAAUGGAGAAGUGACCUACAUCUUGCAGGAUGACUAUGGCCACUUUGAAAUUAACCCUAAUUCAGGGAAUGUGAUUUUAAAAGAAGCAUUCAACUCAGACCUCUCCAACAUUGACUAUGGAGUCACCAUCCUCGCCAAAGAUGGUGGCAAUCCAUCUCUAUCCAAAUCAGUGGAACUUCCCAUCACCAUUGUUAACAAAGCAAUGCCUGUGUUUGAUAAGCCCUUUUAUACAGCAUCAAUCAAUGAAGAUGUCACAAUGGACACUCCCAUUCUCAGUAUCAAUGCCACAAGCCCAGAAGGCCAGGGCAUCAUAUACCUCAUCAUUGAUGGGGAUCCCUUCCAACAGUUUAACAUUGACUUUGACACAGGGGUCCUGAAAGUCAUUAGUCCUUUGGAUUAUGAAGUCACAUCUGUUUACAAGUUGACAGUGAGAGCCAGUGAUGCUCUUACAGGUGCCAGGGCUGAAGUCACUGUGGAUGUGCUAGUGGAUGACGUCAAUGAUAACCCUCCUGUUUUUGAUCAGCCCACCUACAACACAACACUAUCUGAAGCAUCUCUCAUUGGAACCCCUGUUCUGCAACUUGUCUCAACGGAUGCAGACACAGGAAACAACAAGCUGGUGCAUUAUCAGAUUGUCCAGGAUACCUACAAUAGCACAGAUUACUUUCACAUAGAUAGCUCAAGUGGCUUAAUCCUGACAGCGAGGAUGCUAGACCAUGAGCUGGUGCAACACUGCACCUUGAAAGUCACAGCAACUGAUAAUGGUUUCCCACCCAUGAGCAGCGAAGUCCUGGUUUACAUCUAUAUAUCUGAUGUCAAUGACAACCCCCCAGUUUUUAAUCAGCUCAUUUAUGAGUCCUAUGUGAGUGAAUUAGCCCCCCGGGGCCAUUUUGUAACCUGUGUGCAAGCCUCAGAUGCAGACAGCUCUGACUUUGACCGGUUGGAAUACAGCAUUUUAUCUGGGAAUGACCGAAUGAGCUUUCUGAUGGACAGCAAGAGUGGAGUCCUCACACUGUCUAGCCACAGGAAGCAGCGCAUGGAGCCUCUGUAUAGUCUCAAUGUGUCUGUGUCUGAUGGACUAUUUACCAGCACUGCCCAGGUGCACAUCAGAGUCCUUGGGGCUAACUUGUAUAGCCCUGCCUUUUCACAAAGCACAUAUGUGGCUGAGGUAAGAGAGAAUGCAGCUUCUGGGACAAAGGUCAUUCAUGUCCCAGCCACAGAUGGAGAUCCAGGAACAUAUGGACAGAUCAGCUAUUCCAUCAUCAAUGACUUUGCCAAGGAUCGAUUCCUCAUAGGCAGCAAUGGACAGAUCAUCACAACAGAAAGACUAGACCGUGAAAACCCUCUGGAAGGAGAUAUUAGUAUUUAUCUGAGGGCCCUGGAUGGAGGGGGGAGGAUGACAUUCUGCACUGUGCGGGUGAUUGUGGUGGAUGAAAAUGACAACGCCCCUCAGUUCAUGACGGUGGAGUACAGGGCCAGCGUCAGGGCUGACGUAGGAAGGGGCCACUUAGUUACUCAAGUUCAAGCUUUGGAUCCAGAUGAUGGAGCAAAUUCUAGAAUUACAUACUCUCUCUACAGCGAGGCCUCAGUCUCAGUGGCUGACCUCUUGGAAAUUGAUCCUGAUAAUGGCUGGAUGGUGACCAAGGGCAAUUUUAACCAACUGAAAAAUACAGUGCUGUCCUUCUUUGUGAAGGCAGUAGAUGGUGGCAUCCCAGUCAGGCACUCCCUCAUCCCCGUCUACAUCCACGUCCUGCCCCCUGAAACAUUUCUACCUUCAUUCACCCAGUCACAGUACUCCUUUACCAUUGCAGAAGAUACAGCCAUUGGAAGCACAGUGGACACCCUGAGGAUUCUGCCCAACCAGAGUGUCCGGUUCAGCACAGUUAAUGGAGAACGGCCAGAGAAUAACAAAGAGGGUAUUUUUAUCAUAGAACAAGAGACAGGAGCUAUCAAGCUUGACAAGCGCCUUGACCAUGAAGUCAACCCAGCUUUCCACUUUAAAGUAGCAGCUACUAUACCACUGGACAAGGUGGACAUUGUAUUCACUGUGGAUGUAGAUGUCAAGGUAUUGGAUCUGAAUGACAACAAGCCAGUCUUUGAAACAUCAAGCUAUGAGACAAUCAUAAUGGAAGGAAUGCCUGUCGGCACCAAGCUUGCUCAGGUGAGAGCCAUAGACAUGGAUUGGGGAGCCAAUGGGCAGGUCACUUACUCCCUACACUCAGAUUCCCACCUUGAAAAGGUAAUGGAAGCAUUCAAUAUUGACAGUAACACAGGAUGGAUCAGUACACUGAAGGACCUGGACCAUGAGACAGACCCCACCUUCUCCUUCUCUGUGGUAGCUUCUGACCUUGGAGAGGCUUUCUCUCUUUCUUCCAUGGCUCUGGUUUCAGUCAAGGUGACAGAUAUAAAUGACAAUGCACCAGUCUUUGCUCAUGAGGUUUACCGAGGAAAUGUAAAGGAAAGCGACCCCCCAGGAGAAGUGGUAGCUGUUCUCAGCACCUUGGACAAAGAUACCUCCAACAUAAAUCGCCAAGUGAGCUACCACAUUACGGGAGGGAACCCCCGAGGACGGUUUGCCCUGGGCAUGGUGCAGAGUGAGUGGAAGGUCUAUGUGAAGAGACCUCUGGAUCGAGAGGAACAAGACAUUUACUUCCUCAAUAUCACUGCCUCUGAUGGACUCUUUGUCACACAGGCCAUAGUGGAAGUGACUGUUAGUGAUGUAAAUGACAACAGCCCAGUAUGUGAUCAGGUUGCAUAUUCAGCAUCUCUUCCAGAAGACAUUCCAUCAAAUAAAAUCAUCCUGAAGGUCAGUGCCAAGGAUGCAGAUAUUGGAUCUAAUGGAGAUAUACGAUACUCACUCUAUGGAUCUGGAAACAAUGAAUUUUUUCUAGAUCCAGAAAAUGGCGAGUUAAAAACCUUGGCCCUGUUAGAUCGGGAGAGGGUCCCAGUGUACAACCUGGUUGCCAGGGCCACUGACGGGGGCGGCCGCUUCUGCCACUCCAGUGUCCUUCUGCUCCUGGAAGAUGUGAACGAUAACGCCCCUGUGUUUUCUUCCAACCACUACACUGCAUGUGUCUACGAGAACACAGCCACUAAGGCUCUGCUGACCAGAGUGCAAGCAGUGGACCCUGAUGUUGGCAUCAACAGGAAGGUUGUGUACUCCCUGGAGGACUCAGCUGGUGGGGUCUUCUCCAUUGACAGCUCUUCUGGGGUCAUCAUCCUGGAACAGCCUCUGGACCGAGAGCAGCAGUCAUCAUACAACAUCAGUGUGCGGGCCACCGACCAGAGUCCAGGACAAUCCCUCUCCUCUCUCGCCUCUGUCGCCAUCACUGUCCUGGACAUCAAUGAUAACCCCCCUGUGUUUGAGAGGAGGGACUACCUAGUGACAGUGCCUGAGGACACUUCCCUUGGUACCCAAGUCCUCUCUGUUUUUGCCACCAGCAAAGAUAUUGGCACAAAUGCUGAGAUAACAUAUCUCAUCCGGUCUGGGAACGAUCAAGGGAAAUUUAGGAUCAACCCAAAGACAGGAGGUAUUUCUGUCUUGGAAGCUCUGGACUAUGAAACAUGCAAAAGAUUUUACCUGGUGGUAGAAGCUAAGGAUGGGGGCACCCCAGCCCUAAGCGCUGCAGCCACCAUCAGCAUCGACCUCACAGAUGUGAAUGAUAAUCCUCCUCAAUUCAGUCAAGAUGUCUACAGUGCUGUCAUCAGUGAGGAUGCCUUGGAGGGGGACUCUGUCAUUCUGCUGAUAGCAGAAGAUGCAGAUAGCAAGCCCAAUGGACAGAUUCGCUUUUCCAUCGUGGGUGGAGACAGGGACAAUGAAUUUGCUGUGGAUCCCAUCUUGGGACUUGUGAAGGUCAAGAAGAAACUGGACCGGGAACGGGUGUCAGGAUACUCCCUGCUCAUCCAAGCAGUAGAUAGCGGCAUUCCUGCAAUGUCCUCAACUACAACUGUCAACAUAGAUAUUUCUGAUGUGAAUGACAACAGCCCCAUGUUUACACCUGCCAACUACACUGCUGUGAUCCAGGAAAAUAAGCCAGUGGGCACCAGCAUCUUACAGCUUGUGGUGACAGACAGAGACUCCUUUCACAACGGGCCUCCCUUCUCCUUCUCUAUUUUGUCGGGAAAUGAAGAUGAUGAGUUUGUGCUGGACUCCCAUGGGACCCUGAGGUCAGCAGUGGUCUUCCGGCACAUGGAAUCCCCAGAGUACCUGCUGUGCAUCCAGGCAAAAGACUCGGGAAAACCGCAGCAAGUUUCUCAGACCUACAUCCGCGUGCGGGUCAUUGAGGAAAGCACCCACAAACCCGCAGCCAUCCCUUUGGAAAUCUUCAUUGUCACCAUGGAGGAUGAUUUUCCCGGUGGAGUCAUUGGAAAGAUCCAUGCCACAGAUCAGGACAUGUAUGAUGUGCUCACAUUUGCCCUGAAAUCAGAGCAGAAGAGCUUGUUCAAGGUCAACAGUCAUGACGGGAAAAUCAUUGCCCUGGGAGGGCUGGACAGUGGGAAGUACGUCCUGAACGUCUCUGUGAGUGAUGGCCGUUUCCAAGUGCCCAUCGAUGUUGUUGUGCAUGUGGAGCAGCUGGUGCAUGAGAUGUUGCAAAACACUGUCACCAUCCGCUUUGAGAAUGUGUCCCCUGAGGACUUUGUGGGGCUGCACAUGCAUGGGUUCCGGCGCAUCCUGCGGAAUGCAGUGCUCACCCAGAAGCAGGACAGCCUGCGCAUUAUUAGCAUCCAGCCUGUGAUGGGAACCAACCAGUUGGACAUGCUUUUUGCUGUGGAGAUGCACAGCAGUGAGUUCUACAAGCCAGCCUACCUGAUCCAGAAGCUGUCCAAUGCCAGGAGGCACCUAGAGAAUGUCAUGCAUAUUGCAGCCAUCCUGGAGAAGAACUGCUCAGGACUGGACUGUCAGGAGCAGCACUGUGAGCAAGGCUUGUCACUGGAUUCCCACGCACUUAUGACCUACAGCACAGCUCGCAUCAGCUUCGUGUGUCCACGUUUCUAUAGGAAUGUGCGCUGCACCUGUAAUGGAGGAGUGUGCCCGGGGUCCAAUGAUCCUUGUGUGGAGAAGCCCUGCCCAGAGGACAUGCAAUGUGUGGGUUAUGAGGCCAGCAGGAGACCUUUCCUCUGCCAGUGUCCUCCAGGGAAGCUAGGAGAGUGCUCAGGGCACACUUCUCUCAGUUUUGCUGGAAACAGUUACAUCAAGUACCGGCUCUCUGAAAAUAGCAAAGAGGAAGACUUCAAGCUGGCUCUGCGCUUGAGAACACUGCAGAGCAAUGGAAUUGUAAUGUACACUCGAGCCAACCCCUGCAUGAUUCUGAAGAUUGUGGAAGGCAAGCUGUGGUUCCAGCUGGACUGUGGCAGUGGCCCUGGGAUCCUAGGCAUCUCCAGCCGCGCUGUCAACGACGGGAGCUGGCACUCAGUCUUCCUGGAGCUCAAUCGCAAUUUCACCAGCCUGGCCCUGGACGACAGCUAUGUGGAGCGGCGGAGGGCACCCCUGUACUUCCAGACGCUAAGCACCGACAGUGCCAUCUUCUUUGGUGCCCUGGUGCAGGCGGAUAACAUCCGCAGUCUGACAGACACGCGAGUCACACAGGUCCUCGGUGGUUUCCAGGGUUGCCUGGACUCCGUGGUGCUUAAUCACAACGAGCUGCCCCUCCAAAACAAGCGCAGCAGCUUCGCCGAGGUCGUGGGUCUGACCGAGUUGAAGUUGGGUUGUGUGCUCUACCCAGAUGCAUGCCAACGCAGCCCCUGUCUGCAUGGUGGCAGCUGCAGCGGCCUACCCUCUGGCGGCUAUCAGUGUUCCUGUCUCUCACAGUUCACUGGAAGAAACUGUGAAUCAGAGAUCACAGCCUGCUUCCCCAACCCUUGCCGGAAUGGAGGAUCCUGCGACCCCAUAGGAAACACUUUCGUCUGCAGCUGUAAAACCGGCCUCACAGGUGUCACGUGCGAGGAUGACGUGGACGAGUGUGAGCGAGAGGAGUGUGAGAAUGGGGGCUCCUGCGUCAACCUGUUCGGCUCCUUCUUCUGCAACUGCACCCCAGGCUAUGUGGGCCAGUACUGUGGUUUGCGUCCCGUGGUCGUGCCCAACAUCCAAGCUGGUCACUCAUAUGUGGGCAAGGAGGAACUGAUAGGCAUUGCUGUGGUCCUCUUCGUCAUCUUCACCCUGGUCGUACUCUUCAUCGUCUUUCGCAAGAAGGUCUUUCGAAAGAAUUACUCACGGAACAACAUCACGCUAGUGCAGGACCCAGCCACAGCGGCGCUGCUGCACAAGAGCAAUGGCAUCCCAUUCCGUAGCCUGCGUGCAGGGGAUGGGCGCAAUGUGUACCAGGAGGUGGGGCCCCCGCAGGUGCCAGUGCGCCCCAUGGCCUACACACCCUGCUUCCAGAGUGACUCCAGGAGCAAUAUGGACAAGGGGCUGGAUGCACUGGGUGGUGAGCCACAGGAGAUGAGCACAUUCCAUCCUGAGUCUCCGCGCAUCCUGACCGCACGUCGUGGUGUGGUGGUAUGCAGCGUUGCUCCCAACCUCCCAGCUGUGUCUCCCUGCCGCUCAGACUGCGAUUCCAUCCGGAAGAAUGGCUGGGACACAGGACCUGAAAACAAAGGGGCUGACGACCCGGGAGAGGUGACCUGCUUCACCAACAGUAACAAAGGCAGUAACUCCGAAGUUCAGUCCCUUAGCUCCUUCCAGUCGGAUUCUGGCGAUGACAAUGCAUCCAUAGUGACUGUCAUUCAACUUGUCAACAAUGUAGUUGACUCUAUAGAGAACGAAGUGUCUGUCAUGGACCAAGGACAGAACUACAACAGAGCCUAUCAUUGGGACACCUCUGACUGGAUGCCUGGGGCACGGCUGUCUGACAUCGAGGAAAUGCCCAACUAUGAGAGCCAAGAUGGAGGGUCUGCACACCAGGGUAGCACGCGAGAGUUGGAGAGCGACUACUACCUAGGUGGAUAUGACAUUGACAGUGAAUACCCCCCACCUCAUGAAGAAGAGUUCCUGAGUCAGGAUCAGCUGCCCCCGCCACUGCCUGAGGACUUCCCUGACCAGUAUGAGGCACUGCCUCCCUCCCAGCCCACCUCACUAGCUGGCACCAUGAGCCCGGACUGCAGGAGAAGGCCCCGGUUUCACCCCAGCCAGUACCUCCCUCCUCACUCACUUCCCAAUGAAACAGAUUUAGGGGGGGGGCCCUCCAGCUGCGAUUUUAGUACUUUUACAGGAAGCAUGAACCAGGGCGCAGAGGUCAUGGGCCCAGCAGACAGUGUGUCUCUGUCCUUGCACAAAUCCAGAGGCACAUCAUCCUCAGAUAUGUCAGCCCGCUGUGGCUUUGACGAUUCUGAGGUAGCCAUGAGUGACUACGAGAGCGCAGGAGAGCUCAACCUCACCAACCUUCACAUUCCCUUCAUGGAAACACAGCACCAGACCCAGGUGUAGAGGACAUCCAUAGGUGCUGUGCCCUGACUGUUACAGCAUGGAAGAAAAUAAGCUGCCCUUGUGUCUGGAUGGAGAGAAGUCUGUGGAAAUGUGGAUUUUCUGUGAGGAACACCUUCACAAGUCUUACUGUCACAAGCUUGACUCCCAGAGUGACAAGGAGAGGCUCAGAAAUUGUUGUUUGGGGGAGGGGGAGCUGACAAUCCUUGUUUGUGGGUAUCUGUGUUUGUGGCUUGAAGUACGAAGAAGAAGGAAUGGGUUUACUAAGUCAAAGAGAGAACAUGAAUGGCUUUGUGCAUUAUUGUGCCCCGGAAAGUAUGGAGGCAAAGGUCCUUGCAGUAUUAAACCCUGCCCCCACCAGGGGCAUCAUUGCAUGUGAUUUUGAGCCAAGGAAGUGAAAAUAGUAGUGAUGUUUGUCAGAAAGUUAGUGUUCUAGAUGAAAGAAAAGGGACGUAAAUGGUAAACAAGAAGGUGGAUGGAAGCCUUUAAAACCAAUUCUAUUUUUAAACAAGCUGUCUAAUUUUCAGCUCUAAAACUAGGUUUGAGUAACAUGCUUAGUGUGCUCAGAUUUUUUUUUUCUUAUUUGUGUUAAGCAUCCAGUAUAAUAUAGUUGGGUUUGUGGUCUUUGAGAAAGUUUCUAGGAAAGAGCAAUAAGAGACUAUCUAGACUUCAGUGGGUGGGUUGGGGAGGUUAAUGCUCAAACGUUAGAAAGACUGCAACGACCUUGUUCUGUGUUUUCUGGCAAACAAUCCUAGCUGUAUCUUGGUUCUAACACUGCUGCAGGACUAGAUCCCUGCUGGUAUAUUGCUCUCUAGAAUGAGACGUAUUGGAAAGCCUAAGCAGAAUUCACAGAUUCAGAGAAGUGGGAUGUGAGAUUGUCAGAGGUGAUCACAAUUCUUCACACUGAAGGUGAAAGGUGUAUGUGUUAUUCUAAACUGGUAGUGGUGUCAUUAUAAAUAUUCUUAGGCUUUUAAGAAAAAGGUAAGUAGUGACCAUGCAUAAAUUAAAUUGGGGGUGGGGGAGGACGAGUGUGUGCAAGUGUGUGUGCCUGUGUGCAUGUGAGGAGGGCCUAAGUAUUUCUCUGAGCGUGCACUCACUACAGCUGCUCUUGGGGAAAGCUGCCCCAGAGGGUUUAGGAUUCAGUGUUGGAAACUGUGAGGUGAGCAAGCAUUGCUCAACCUCCUGAUUUCUCUUUAGCGUUACGGAAACACCAAAUGCCAUAUCUUACUCCAAUUCAGUUAACCUUAUUUUAGUACUGCCAUUUAUAUUAACUUAAAGCAAGUACUGUGAUUUUUUAAAGACUAUUUUAUAGUUUUCCAGAACUACUAUUUGAACUGUGUAACAUUUGAUUACACCCUAGGGGCUCCCUCCCAUCUAACCUAUGGCCUUUGGCCAUCGCUUUCCCGUGACAGAAUGCUCAUCCCACGGAAAACACAAAACCCCAACAUUCCAAAGUUCAAGUCGGCGGUGGAGUUAACUUCCCUCUUCUACUUUGAUCAGCUGUGGCCACCCUGUGCCAUGAGCACGGCACAGGAACGCAUAUUUGCACAUCUGCCUAGUGAGCAAAUCUCUGUAUGGAUGGUUCCUGGUGUGUAAAGGGAGCUGUCUGGGAUCUGCCUAUCACCUCCUCCGUUGUCUUUAAUCCACUUACUUCUCUGGAGGAGUUGGUUUCUGAACAUCUGUCAUUUUCAAAAAAUCCCUUUCAUUCCCACACUUCCUAAGUUAGAGGAUAUGCUUGUCUGGUUUCUCUGUUUUUCUCUUCUGUUCUCUAGGUUAGAGUCACACAUGGAGGCAUUCUCCACACUGUGGUCUUGAAAUAAAUGACUUUCACUAAGA